CUUUGAGUUGAUAAAUAUAUCGGAAGCGAAAUUCUGUUCAAUAGAAAAUAGAUAUGUAAUUGAAAUGAAUUAAAUCCAACAAUAUCUGUGCAAUCUUUUAUACAUAUAUUAUCUUUUUUUACUCUUUGUAUUUUAAUAAUUUAAAUAAAAAUGGGAGAUGUUGAAAAUGGUCAAGAAAUUGAUCCGUUACAGGAUGAUCAGGAUGGAGUAGGCGAUUUUGACGCUGACGCAGAGGUUUCACUGGAUGAAACUGUGGAGACAGAAGCGACGUCUGGACAAGAUGCAGGCAUCGAAGAUCCAGAACUUGAAGCUAUUAAAGCUCGUGUCAAAGAAAUGGAAGAAGAGGCAGAGAAAUUAAAAGAAAUGCAAAAUGCUGUUGAUCUCAAAAUGAACAUGUCAUCACCAACAUUAUCAUCAGCAUUUCCUUCAAUUGAAGAGAAGAUGGAGACGGACACUAGAUCUAUCUAUGUUGGUAAUGUAGACUAUGGUGCCACAGCAGAGGAACUAGAACAACAUUUCCAUGGUUGUGGCUCAAUAAACAGAGUCACUAUCCAAUGUGAUAAAUUUACUGGACAUCCUAAAGGAUUUGCAUAUGUAGAGUUUGCUGAUAAAGACUCUGUGGCGACAAGUUUAGCCUUAGAUGAUUCUUUAUUUCGAGGCAGGCAAAUUAAGGUGUUUGCAAAACGUACAAAUAGACCUGGUAUUAGCUCAACAAAUCGUGGUAGAGGUAGAGGUCGAGGAAGAGGUAGAGGGGGUUUCUAUGGUGGUUAUGCUCCAAGACCAAGAGCAAGAGGAAGAUACAGAAGGGCUUCACCUUACUACUCCCCAUACUGACGUGAUGAAUAGAGGAUACUUGAUGGAUAAAUCUAUUAAUAAACACUAUUUGCUUAAGAAUGAAGAAAACACAAACAAGAAAACAAUCAAAACAUAUGCAUUUUGACUUCUAUAAAUAACAGAUAAAUAACAAAUAAAAGGACAUGAAUUCAGAUAGAAUGAUCUGAAAAUAGAUCUUGUAUAAAUAUUUGAGAAUAUCCAGAAAGAUUUUCAGCUGAAAAUAAGUAUAUAAUGCUGAGCUCUCAACAUUCUUGAGCUGUUCCAUUUCAAUUAAUAUCUGUACAGAAGAGAAGGUAUAGGCUUGUUUAUAUUGUUCUAAGUCAUAAUAUUUCCUUAUAAUUUGACAGAUAUUGUUUUCCAUUGCAAAAAAUGUGAAAAUAAGGUGGGAAUAGUACUGGUUUUAAUGAGGAUUUAAUAGUACAUUGGCAUUUUGUUAUCAGGAAGGUAAAUGGGUUGAGGAAAAGUAAUUUAAGAACUUUCAUUUUAAAUGUAGUCUUAAAAAAUAUGACUUAUUCUAUAUAUUGAUUCCAGCCCAUUUUGAAAUAUUUUUAAUGUUGACCCUCAUGUGACUAGAAUAACUUGUAGAGAAUUUAACUAUCUGUCAAAACUGUUAUCUGAACUUGUCUCUUAGGCAAAAGCUGUAAUACUUAUUCACAGAAUUCAAUAUUCUUUCACAAAAAGGGGAUAAAAGAUAAUGUAAAAACUAGCAUUUGUCAGCUUCAUAAAAAAAUGUUUGGCACUUACAAAGAAUAUAUUAAAGCUGUUUGAAUUGUCUUAUCAUGUGAGAAAGGAAACUUUCUUUUUUUAAAAAAGUAUCAAUUUGCACAUAGAAUGGUGAUUCUAAUGUUGUUUUCCCCCACAGAGAUUGGUAGAGUGAAUUUUAGUCAUACGGUUUUAAUAUAUAUAGAAUUAGUUUAAAUUAUUCACCUGAACUUUUUUAAUAAGUUUUUAUUUGUUUGAUUAUCACUAUCAUUUGUGAUUUUAUUCUAAACCCAUUUCAACCAAGAACUGCAUUGAUUAAACAUGGUUUUCAUGUCGAAUUGAUUAUUGAUAGUAACAUUUUUGUUGAUGUAUUGUUUGAGAUGAAAAAGGUACAAGGAUUUUUGUUUUGAUGCAAGAAAAUAAAAUUUCUAGAAUAAUUGAAAAUAAUUUUGCUCUUACUAAUCUGGAAUGAUACAAGUAUUAUUGUAUGUUGGCCUGUAUUAAUCUUUAUGUUAUUAUCAAGGUAUUUUACCAGCUUUUUUUACAGUGUAGCUUCAGAUGAGGAUGGCAUCUUUGGUGAGUAUAUACACAUUUAUUUUAUACAUUUCAUAGUAUUUCUAAUGAUGCUGUAAAGGAUUGUUCUCAUUUCAUGAAAUGAAAAUAAGAAACUGUAAAAUAUAUUCAACAGUUUGCCACUUCUAUUACUUACAAAUUCUCAAGGCAUAUGAGAUCUUGAGCCAAAUAACUGGGGUGAUAUUUUAGUGAUCGUCGCAUCUGGUUUGAUAAAUAGCUAAAAUUUAUGCAUGCACUACAGAAAAUGCAUUGAUCUACUUCCAAACAUUGAUGAAAUUGUUGAUGGUGUUCAUUUAGAAUCAUUUUUUAAACUUUAAUUGUAAACAUACAUGGAAUUGGAUUUGUUACCUAGAUGUGGUUGGUGUUGGUCCUCGGGUUAUGCAAACUUUUCUGUGACAGAUUAGUCUCGCCUCUUCAGAAAUCAUGUUGGAUAAGUAGUCUGUACUUUAAGAAAAUUGGUAACUACUGGUUAGUUACCCAGGAGAGCUGGUUAGGUAGACCAAGGUAUGAUCAAAAUCAAUGUGAAAAACUUACCAAUCAAACAAGAUUACCAGUAAUCAAAUAAAUUCAGAGCUUUUAACUUGAUUACCUGUCAGUACAUUUCCUGUGCUUGCUUGUCAUUUUGAUAGAUAGUAUCUUCUAUCUCCAAAUUAUGUCUUAACAGCUGACAGGUAUGUUAAUUCCUUGACUAAUUUUGGAAAGUAAGUAUAUAUUGCAAUAUAGAUUGACUUACUCACAUAAUAUGCUUUUUAAUUGACAUUCAACAUUUCAGGUAAAAAUGUAUAAACAAAAGAAAAAAGAGAAAAAUGUAGAAAAAAAGAAGAGAAAAAAAAGAAAAAGAUGUGAAAAAAAAAGAUAAAUAUGUAUAAAAAGACAUGUAAACUGUACAAAAAAAAUGUUAAUAGAAAUGUAGAAAUUGUAAACAACAUCGAGAAAUAAAAAUCAUAAAAAAUA